AUGCGUACACUUAGGUCGAGGAGUGAUAAAAGUGAGUCUACUUGUAAUAGUGCCAGUUCAAGUGUGGAUACAAGAGGAAGAAUGCAGACAAUAACUCCAGAAGAACCUGGGAAGUUAGAAUACGAACUGGAUGCAGCUUCUGCUGCGGGAAAUAAUAAUGUUAGGUCUAGAUCACAGUCGAUGGCGCUAUUGUCAGAUGAAUUGCAGACCGAAUAUGACGUGCUGCAGGACACCGAGCAUUCGUUGAGAAAUACUAGACUAUUAGAAUUGGAUAUAGCCAAAGCUGUUUCGGAUCUGGAAACCAUCGAGCCUCGCACAGAGGACACUGUGAGAAUAAUAGCGUUAUUGAACCGAUCUCUGUCGGCGAUAUCGCACUGGUCAUUACAAGCACAACUAUCCCACUGGGAAAACAGAAAGGAAAAGGAUGAACGUUUUGCAGUUGAAAAGAAUCUAGUGAAGAAAGAAGCUGAAUAUUUUAAGAAUAAACUUCUUGAAAGUGAAAAAUUACAAAAGCAAACGCAAUCCCAAUUAGAUUUAUCUUCCGAAACAUCUAAAUUGGUCAGCAGCGCUCCAAUAACAGGUGGUAGCCCUGCCACAGAGGCAACCCUACUAAGUCCAAGACGAGUGGUGAAACAACGGAAAAUAGCAUCCCCACGUCGUAACAACACUCGCGCUCAUACACCAGUCUCCACUCUCAAGCUUGUCGAGAACACCAAACCACAUCCUAGGUUAAAGAGAAAUUUAAACGAUCAGACAAACCAAGAUCUAAUAAGAGUCUUUCAUUUGGAGAAAGGAAGAUAG